CCGUGUCGAGUACACAUGUUGGUAACUUUUUUGAGGUGUUCAAGUCUCGAUGCACUGGUUAUACUUUUUUUCCAGUAUUACAAUCUAAAAUUCUAUCAAUCAAAGGCCAUUAAAAACGUAAUAUUUGAAGAAAUCUCGUCCUUGGAGCCUAUGCUUGCUCCUCGUGUGUGUCAAUGAAAUUUUAAUCUUGAAAGUUUUGUUGGUUCACGUGUAAUGUUUUUCAAAUAUGAUAAUGUAGAAAUGUGUAUUGUAAAAAUUGCAUCUUAAUUCGUUCACCAUCGAUGAAUGCAUUUACACAAAUAUACACGCACGCGCAUUAUGUGUAUAUCCCCCUUAAUACGAUCUGAAAGAAAGUAUGGCGAGCAUUUGAUGACUGGUCGUAUGCAUGCGAUCUAGUGUUAAGAAUUAAUUGUUUUUUGCUGACAUACCAUCGAGAUAAACGAACCACGGAGAAUAUGUUUGGAAUUCGAUCAUCAGCGUAAAAUUAUACCGGAACGAAAACCAACGACAACAAUAGUUUUCGUAGCUGUUAACCUUGUCAAUCAGAAAAAAAUUUGACUCUUACGUAGAAGUGAAUUGAAAUUUUGAGUGAAAUCGGUAUUGCCAUUAGUUUUCAGAUCUGAUGAAAUACUCUUAACCAUGCGGAGAUAAGUAGCAAUAUGCCCACGAUGGCUCGUAGCGUUUAAGAAAUGAUAUUCUUUUGUGAAAUAUUUCUGUUGAAUUCAUAUUAGUAGGACUUAUGAUUUCUCAAUUGUAAGUCGUACUAUACGUCUUCCUCUAUGAAUUGAGUUGGGAAGGUUAUGAUGUUCAAAAAAUAUCGAAACAUCAUGUAUAGUUUCGAUGGUGAUUACAGACGCAAACCCCAACAAAAUUUAGCCGGUGCAAGCAGGAGAGACGACCGGUCAGAGAAAUCAUUGCUAUUGCAGCAUGCUAAGUUAGAACGUUUAAAACGAGCACAGCAACGUAGAAGACACAAUGCAGUUUUAAAACUUCAGGCAGUUAUCUGUGGAUUUAUCGUUAGAAAACGCACAAAGAUAAUUGUGAGAAAGGAAUUCGACGAACAGCAGCAAAUAACUGGUCUUAGAAAUUUAAAUUUGGACGACUUGACACUAUAUUUUAGGAAAUUAUUAUUCUUUUACGAUUAUACUUUGGAUACUAGCAGGUUGGUGUGGACAUUUCAACAUUUUUUGAAACACGAACAAGAAAUUAAACAGAAAUGCGUGAAUUGUCCCGAAUGGAUGUGGAGAGUAAGAUGGAUGCUUCGUAUGUGUAUGAAACAUAUUUCAGAAGCCUUGAUGAAUGGAGGUGGUUCAUUGGCUAUACCGUUAAGGGCUUUAGAAGUAUUUACUAGUCGUGAAGAUACAGAAAAGAUCUUAGGAGAACACGGUUACAACUAUUUAGAAACCAUCUUUGUAUAUUUGAUAAAACACAAAUACUUCGAUCAAUUAAGGAAACUAAUAGACGAGAAAGUUCCACCAAUGUUGGAGCCAAGUUCUGUCCCGGCGACUCCGCUCUCGAAGUGUCUAGUGGAUAUGCUAAAGCGACCAUUAGACUUAAUUUCCUUUCUAGAUCAGAAAGACGAUUUUUCUGUGCUCGUCUUAAGGGAACUUUGCAGAAGCGUAUUGUCCCCAAGAAUGACUGAUCCGAUUCGAAUGUUCAUAAUUCCAUCGUUAUCCGAGUACAAAGAAUUCCCAUACGAUCAAAUGAUUGACUGUAUCAAUAGAGUCAAGAUAGAGUAUACAAUGAGUUUAUUUUAUUCUAUAUUAUCUUUAGAAUCGAAUCGUUUAUCGACAUACAAAUCAAAGGACGUUCUGAUCAAUUACCUACAAGUCCUCGCCGCGAUGAGUUCGACGAUAGUUCCAUUGAACGCCGACGAGAACCUAGAGCAAGCGGACGAUUCGGACACAGAGUCGAACGCCAGUAUGAUCGACGACGAACAAGCUGACAGUCUACACCAGUGUUUAGCGAUGCUGAAUGAGCAACACCGCGUUCAGGAGAUACUGUUAGCGGUGGACCGAACCAAAGACCCAAUCGUGUUGCAAUCGUUGUGCCAACUCUGCCAUCACUUGCUGAUCAGCAACAAACUAGCCAUACAUAAGUAUAAAUUAUUGUACAUGCUCGCCUUCAAGCCGGUAUUCCUGAAAAACUUAUGGAACGCUCUGUUGUCAGUUUACCAAGUGUCGUUGUUCGGUGGAGCGACACCGCUCUUACAGAUCAUAUCGCGCGGGCUAGGUCUCUCUAGCGAGGACACGAGAAAAAUCGUUCCACUCCUAGCCGUGUUUUGUUCGCUGUUUAGCCUGCUCAUCGCCACGUUGCACGACACGGAGUUCUUCGUCGAGAACACAGAGCAAACGUUGGACUCCAACGGGCAACAGGCGAUGCCGUUCACGAUCUCAGAACUGGUAAUGCUGUCGAGUCACCUGAAAGGCGUCUGCUUGGGUUUGGUUGAACUUGCGUUCCCCGACAGUCGGCUCACCGUGCGGGACGACUACAAGGACGCGGUCCUCGGUCCGUCCUGUCCGAUCCAGAACCAGCAAGACACGCAAAUGUGGACGCACCUGUUCAAAGUAACCGUCGGCUUGCUGCGCCAGUUGCACGCGCGUGAUCUCAGGCAGCAGUUCUGCCCGGAGGGACACUGGAUCGCCUCGAACGCGAUGCUGUCGAUACCCAUCGACAAGCCCCAGGACUUCACGUUCCACAGACGCCGCCUGCGGGGCUACGUUCCGUUCCAGGGGUUACGUGUGUUCACGCGGAAAGAACUGGAGGAGGGUCCGCCGUUGUCCUCGAAAGAGGUCCGAACGUUGACGUUCCUCCGCGAGAUACCGUUCGUCGUGCCGUUCAACGACCGAGUGAUGGUGUUUCAAUCGUUGAUCUACCGGGACAAGUCCGAACAGCAGAGUGAAAUGACGCACUUCAUGCAGGGCCCGUCGAUCAUGAUAUCGGUGAGAAGGAACUACUUGUACGAGGACGCGUUCCAGAAGUUAUCGCCGGAGAAGGAGCCGGAGCUGCGACUGAAGAUGCGCGUUCAGCUCGUUAACACCGCCGGAUUGGAGGAGGCCGGAGUAGACGGCGGCGGUGUGUUCAGGGAGUUUCUGUCGGAACUGUUGAAGACCUGCUUCGACCCUAACCGGGGCUUCUUCAAGCUCACCAAGGACAACAUGCUGUACCCGAACCCCACGGUGCAGUCGUUGAUCGACGAUUUCCCGAAGCAUUAUUACUUCAUCGGUCGGAUCCUCGGGAAAGCCUUGUACGAGAACCUGCUGGUCGAGCUGCCGUUCGCGGAGUUCUUCCUGUUGAAGAUCGUCGGCCGCCAGUCGGACGUCGACGUGCACCACCUGGCCUCCCUGGACCCGAUCAUGUACAGGAACCUGUUGUAUCUGAAGAGUUACAAGGGCGACGUCUCGGACCUCGGCCUCGACUUCACGAUACUGUCGGACGAGCUGGGCGAGCGGCGCGUCGACGAGCUGAAACCGAGCGGCGCCAAUAUACCGGUCACCAAUCACAAUCGCAUCGAGUACAUCCAUCUGAUGGCCGACUAUAAGCUGAACAAACAGAUCCGAGCGCAGUGCUACGCGUUCAAGCAGGGCAUCGGCAACGUGAUCCCAAUGGAUUGGCUGCAAAUGUUCAGCAACAAGGAGCUGCAGGUUCUGAUAUCCGGCGCGCAGAUCCCCGUCGACGUGAACGACUUGAAGCUGCACACCAAUUACACGGGAGGCUAUGCCCCUGACCAUCCCACCAUCACCGCUUUCUGGAAGGUCGUCAACGAGUUUAACGACCAACAGAAGAGGCAGCUGCUGAAGUUCGUUACCAGUUGCAGUCGACCACCUCUCCUUGGAUUCAAAGAGCUCGAUCCGCCGUUUUGCAUUCAACAAGCUGGUAGUGUAGAUCACUUGCCAACUUCCAGUACCUGUAUGAAUCUGCUGAAACUCCCGGAGUUUCCGGACGAGAAGACUUUGCGCGAGAAACUUUUGUACGCUAUACAAGCCGGCGCGGGCUUCGAACUAAGUUAAGUUCCGU